AGACUUCUGCCCGCCAUCUUGAAAUGUUUUUAAGUUUAGUAAUGUAUAUAUUUAUAUUCAAUCGAAGUAUCAAUAAAUUGAUUUAAUUAACAUAAUUAUUUAUAAAUGAACUAAGUAAUUAGCUUACAGUAUAUAUAAAUCAUACAUAUAUAUUCUAUAUAAAUCAUAAUUAAUGUUACAUAAAUAGAAAUUUUAAAAAAUUAACCAAUAAAGUUUAGUAGACUGUAUAAUUUAUUUGUACAUAUAUAUAAAUAUAUACAUAUACAAAUAUCUGUAUAUGUAUGGAAUACUUUGUAUGUAAAUAUAUUUUAAAUAAUAAAUUUAUCAAAAUGUCGAUGAAAUUUAAGUUUUGUUGAAAUACUUUUUGUAAUUUUGUGUGUCGCGUACAUUUGAGUGACAAAAUGAUGAAAGGGUGGACCUGACUUUGAAUGUAAUAAUAAAUACUGCAGUUAGUGAUAAUUUUACAUUUAUUGUAAGAUAACAUCUGAUAAUUUAUUAAAAAUGGGCAAACAAAAUGGAUCAUGUUGGUGGUGCGUUAAAGCAUUUAAAUGGGUACCAGUUAUAUUUAUUCUUACAAUUGUGUUCUGGUCUUACUAUGCAUAUGUAGUACAGUUAUGCUACUAUACUAUUGACAGCUACAUUCAAAAAACUUUUUAUUUGAUAUUUUUCCAUGUAUUCUUCGCCAUGUUUUUAUGGUCUUAUUGGAAAACAGUCUUUACAGAUUUAAUUUCUGUUCCCGAAGUGUUCAAAGUUCCUCUAUCAGAAGUGGAAAAGUUGCAACAAGCACAAAGUGAAGAAGCGCAGUGUGCAAUACUCGAAAGAAUCGGACAAAAUUUACCGGUUACUAAUCGAACAAUCAGAGGAGCGAUUCGGUUUUGUGAUAAAUGCCAGUUAAUAAAACCCGAUCGUGCCCAUCAUUGUAGCGUGUGCCGCGCAUGCGUACUGAAGAUGGAUCAUCAUUGUCCUUGGGUUAAUAAUUGCGUUGCUUAUCACAACUAUAAAUUUUUCAUAUUAUUUUUGGGGUAUGCGUUAAUUUAUUGUGUCUUCAUUGCCAGUACGACUUUACAAUAUUUUAUUCAUUUUUGGAAGGGUGAAUUGGAUGGCAUGGGAAAGUUCCAUAUACUAUUUUUAUUCUUCAUCGCACUGAUGUUUGCAGUCAGUCUAAAUUCUUUGUUCUUUUAUCAUUGUUACCUGAUUUUACACAAUAGAUCAACCUUAGAGGCAUUCAGACCGCCAAUGUUCCGAAUGGGCAAAGACAAAGAUGGAUUUAAUAUUGGAAAGUAUAAUAAUUUCCAAGAAGUCUUUGGUGAAAAUAAAAAGCUUUGGUUUCUUCCUGUAUUUACAAGUCUUGGAAAUGGAGUGGUCUAUCCAGUACGCGCACAACAUCAAGUUCCGAAUACUUACAACUCAAUGGGCAGUACGCAAAACAGUUUCGGUGAUGGAAUCAGCUUCCCUGAGAGGACUUACGAUGAAGAUACUCACAAUCUACUUGGUGAUAAUGGGCCUUAAAAAUGAUUUAAUGAAUAAAUACUGGAACAAGGAUGUAAUGAAAAUACUUAUAUAUAUUUUUCUCUCUCCUUUUAUCUUUAUCUUCAAGUCUUACAUGCUCAGGUAUUUUAAUAGAUUUAUUGCCAUUUAUUGAAUAAAGAAACCUCGUCGUUCAUAAUUAUUCCAUUGUUGUAGAAAAAACUUCAGAUUUUAUACAAUAGAUAUUUUAAAUUGAAGAUUUAAAAACAAAAUUAUAUAGUGUAGAUAUUUAUAAUUUUACUAGUUAUUUAUGGUUGUAAAAUUGAGUAGUGUAAAUUUUCGCGCUUAUUCAUGUCAGUAUUUCCAUCUCAAUUCGCUUAAUUUAUUAAUUAUUCAUUAAUUUUACGGUCGUUAAUUAAUUAAGACAAUAAAACAAAUGGAGUCACGUAACUUUUAACAGUUGAUGAUAA